UACAUUUUACAAUGAAAAUUAAUUUUAUAUCAUCAGAGGAAUUUGAGUGCUAAUAUUGGAGUUAACAGACCCCUAAUGUGCGCCCUUAAAUGAUCUCUAGAGGUUGACAGGUUACAGCCUUUGGGACAAUUCUAAAUCAUCACUUUUAGAUACUUCACGUUGCCGGUCAGAUUGACAUAAUAUGUCACGAAUUGCUGGAAAUUCCUGUAGCCGAGAACAAAUAUGACUCGCGUAUAAUCUUAUUGAGAUCUAUCGUGAGUAGACAUCAAAGGAUUAUUGCCUUCGCAGACAGUAUCGAGGAUGUGUUCUGUUAUAUGGCAUUGAUGCAAUUUCUCUUAAACACAUUCGUUAUUUGCUUCCUCGGAUUCGUAAUUGUAACUUCGUUUGGCACUCAUGAUGGAAAUAUUCUGAUGGUAAAGAUUAUACCUUAUUACGCCGUCGUGAAUUUAGAAGCCUUUAUACUUUGCUUCAGUGGCGAAUAUCUCACUUCCAAGAGCAAGUCUAUAAAUCGGGCGGCAUACAAUUCAUUUUGGUACAAGUUAAAGUCUAAGGAAAGCAAAAUCUUGUUGUUAUUGAUAAUGAGAUCGCAGAAGGAAUUGACAAUGACAGCCGGAAAAUUCGUAGAUUUAUCUCUGGAGGGUUUUACAAGCGUAAGAAUUUUUAGAUUUCCGUUUUCCUUAAUGAUAGUAGUAAUGCAAUUUAAAUAUAAUACCUAACCCCUAGAACACACGUUCCGAAAUAUUCUGAAAACACGCCAUGGGUCUAAAAGACCCAUUGUAACUUUAGAUUAAUAUUUUUAGACUCUUUUUUUUCUUUUUCAUUUUCAAGCUUUGAAAUUUAA